AUGUCUGACUCACCUGAUUUUCAUCACUACUCUCGGCUUCUGGUCAAGAAACUCGCCAGUCUUCAAGCCAGAUAUGACAGCGAGCCUCAAUCCGAGCAAAAAGCAAAGAUCACAGAAGCACGCAAACGCUUUUUCGAGUGGGCUUCAAAAGUCGACCUCUCCGGGAAGCUGACCAAAGUACCGCUCGAGGACCGUCUUGAUUUUGGUAGUGAGAUUAUGGUUUUCAAACUCACUCUGGAGAGGAUUUCGGAUAUUGUAUACACGUUGGAUAAUUAUUUUGGGUGCGGUGAACUUGAAGACCUUCAUUGCCGUCUUAGUGGCCUGGUCAGACGCGAUCUGAACAGCCCUGAUGUGAGCGACAAAGUCAAGAUUGAAAGGCGUGUUCAAAAACUGUGUGACGACAUCGACUAUCUCCAUGCCAAUAAACUCGCGAUCGAGUUUGAAGUGAGUCGACUGAUACAACUUCAGUUUCGAUAA